UCCCCUUUUCAUUCCAACUUUGUUAGAUUGUCUACACCAUUGCAUUGUUACCCACGUGCUCUAGAGUUUUCAUUAAAUUUAUAACCUCUUUCUACAAAAUGGUGCGAUAUUUAUUUUAUAUGGGAUAUAUCGGCACUCGUUACAGAGGAGCAGCAAAACAAAUAGGUUGUGAAAAAUUAAUAGACAUAGAUUCAAUUCAAGGUGCAAUUGAAACUGGAUUGUCUUGCGUAUUAAAACCUAGAAGUAAAUGUUACCCAAGAGUACAAAUCUCAAGCCGGACAGAUGCUGGUGUUCAUGCUCUUAUAAAUACUGCUCAAGUUGAACUAGAGCAUCCAACAGAUGAAUUUUAUGAUACGGAAACAGCCAUCAGAAGACUCAAUUCAUGGUUUGCUCGCUGUGGGCACGAGAUAAGAAUAACGUCAAUUUAUCCGGUUACAGAUGAAUUCGAUCCUCGCAGAAAUGCCAAGUCAAGAAGUUAUUUUUAUCGUAUAAUGAUUGCUAAAGAUUUCAAUGAACAUAAAGUACCGAUUUCUGAACUACAACGCGCUUGGCACAUCAGAGGUGAUAAUAUUGAUAUCAACGCAUUAAGAGACGCAACAAGACUUUUUAUAGGCAAAAAAAAUUUUGAAACUUUCGCUGGUAAAAAUCGUACUCUCAAAGAAAUAAGAUACGUAAGAGAGUUAAUUAAUUUAUCAAUAGAACCGGCAGCUCCUUUCAUGCCAUUUGAUCCUCUGUCAGAAUUAUUUAAUUUCUGGCAUAUAAAUAUUUGCGCGCGUGCGUUUCUUUAUAAUCAAGUGAGGAAAAUUGUUGGAGCACUUGUUGGUAUUGCGUCGGGAAUAAUCACUGAACGAGAUAUUAUGAUAAUGUUACAAAUACCGUCAAAUUCAAGUUGGGAUCCUAGGAUACAAAUGGCACCGCCUCAAGGAUUGUUUCUUAAAAAUAUUGAGUACGACAAAGAGGAAUUAGCCAAGCAUAUUUUGAAACCUACUAACGUCGAAGAACGGCCUCGUAAAUUAUUAGCAGUCAUUAAUUAA